ACGGGCCCCGAUUUCGGUCUUGGUCCGCUUCCAAUGGAAGUGGCGCUCACAAGAUGGCAGACAGCGGCUGCCCGAGGCGGCGGGAGCGUCGCGCAGGCGAAUGGGGGCAGUAGCCGCUCCACCAGUCGAGUAACCCUUGGUCCUUUAGGCUGAAGGACGACCGGGGGGCUGCACGACGUCUCUCCUCCUCGUGGAAGGACAAAAGGGCCUUCGCCGGACGGGGACGGGGGCAUGACGUCCCAGCCCCCCGGUCGGGUUCAACUUGGGCCGCCGCCGCUGCCGGUCCUGCCCGACUGGGGUCUCAGGGGCGCGAGACGAGCCGCAGCGGCCAGCUGGAAUGCCCCCUCCCUCCCGGGGGUCUCAGCAGCGAGCGGAUCAUGGCCGCCGAGGUCGGGGCUGGAAAGUUGCUGCGAGGAGGAGGCGCGGCGCAGGCCCCGCCGCCGCCGCCGGGUUGGUCUUCGCUCUGCACCGGCGGGCAGGAAGGAAAUGCGGCUCCCUCUCCGCGCAGCGGGCGGGCGGACGUGUUGCAUCUGGAGCUGCCCGGGCAGGGCUCCCCUCUCCCGCCCUGCAAGCGGGGCCUCCGGCGACUCCCCGACGGACCGGCGAGACGGGGCGGGCGGGCGCACAAGCAGGAAGGAAGGAACUGAGUUGAACGGGCGGCGGAGAGGGCGGCCCGGCAGGGGUAAGCGGGAGAGGCAUGGACCUUGCCUGCAGUAGAUGGCAUUGCUGAACGCUUUGCAAGCAAGACGAGGGCUUCGCCUCAUUGGACCUUUAUUGGAUGUUUUCAUGGUGGAAGCUGGAAUGGAGCAUUUUGGAACCCCCAGUCAUUCAGGGGACCUAAUAGAUCUCCUGGCUGAUUAUGGAAGUGAGGAACUGAGCUGUGGAACUGCAGAGAGCUUGGGAGGGGCUUGUGACCUGCUUACAUCGUCAGAAGUUCCUCAGGUGAUGGACACCUUGGCUCCUCCCCCUUCCUUCAUGUGCCUGGAAGACAUAGAUUUCUUCCAGGAUAGCUUCCAGGGCACUGGCCAGAGCAGGUCUGAUGCAGCCUCUGAAAACCCCUUUCCCCCAUUGGCUCAGAACUGCAUGGAGGGAGAAUUCCCCACUGAUGCGUGCUCUGCUUCAGAGUGCCUGGACUGCUUCUCUGAGGAGCUGGUGGAGCCUCAGGGAGAUGUGCUUCAGCUGCCAGGAAGCCUGAGAAGUCAGAGCAAGAGCAGCAAUGAUGCCACCCAGGCGCUCUUUUGGGCCAGCAUCCUCCAAGCUCAGAUGUGUGUCCUGGAUCUCCAAGGAGAGAUUGACCGGCAAAAGGAGCCACUGCCAAUUCCCCCCCUUAGCCUUGAGGCGGUGCCAGGGGUGCCCGUAUCUAAGGACUCGGCAUUCUCCCAUGAGCCUUUGCCCCUGGAGAGUGAUAGUGGGGAGGACCCAGAUGAGUGCUCAGAGAGGUUGGGGGAGGAUGAAGGCUCAGAGGAGGAGGAGGUGGAAUCCUUAUUUUACAACAACCCGCUGUUUCAGGAGAGUCCUUGCCCAACAAGAACCAUCAGCUUUGAAAGACCAGCACUCUGGGAUCAUGCAAAAGAAAAGGCUUCCACAGAAGAGGAGGAAGGGAUCUCUGUCAGUGGUUUGGUCUAUAGGGAUUGUGACGAUGCCCUGUUAUGCCAGACAAAUGUGGCAAUAAGCCCUGUGGCCACAGGCUCUCUCCCUGGGCCUGCGCCAGACCCUGUCAGUGACCUGCCGCCUGCAUGCCCUUUCCAGAGCUACGUGCCUCAUUUCCGCUCCUUGUCUCCCUUGAUGAUCACAGAAGGGGAUACUGAGAUUGCCUGCUCCUCAGCAGAGAAGAGAGAGGCCCAAGGCUGCUUCCCAGACCAGUUGGUCCACAACCCUUCCGGAAGCGUUUUGGACAGAGCAGCUCCUCCAGGUGGAAACCAUGGCGUGGAUCUGCAAGCACAGGAAGGGUUGCUGUUUUCUGCUGCCAGCACCUCCCUGGUGUCUGCUUUGCUGCAAGAAUCUCACGAGAUCUGCCCCCCGCUGAAGCCUCCAUCUCCAACGGAGAUCAUCUGGGUGUCUUCCAGCUCCCAGGCCCUCAUGGCUUCUGCUGCAGAGCAGAGUCAGUGGCAGGAGCAACACAGGCCACAAGCCCCAUCCUGUGGCCACCCGUUGCCUUCCUGCGCAAGGGUGGAGGGCCCCCAAAGCACUUCCUGUCUGCAGGAGGAAGUUGCAGCGACAGAUUUGCACUCAGUCUUGCUUGGUGGUGUAGGAAGGCAGCUACAGAGCUCAGCAAAGGGUCUUGAGAUGGUGGAGGUGCCCAUUGUGGAUGGCAAAGAAGCUGUGCAGGAGGAGGAGGAGCAGGAGGAGCAGGAGGAGGAGGAGGAGGAGGAAGAAGAAGAAGAAGAAGAAGAAGAAGAAGAAGAAGAAGAAAGGCUGCCUCUCCCACAUGCCCCUGAAGACCCGCCCUCUGGGAAGGAUGGCAACCUGGGGGAGAGUCUGCAUGCCAAGAAGCCAGCAGAGACCAACGGCAUUCUCCACACGGACGGUAGCACUGCUGGAGACCAGGCUGCAGCACUGAGGCUGGCAACGCGCCUGUACCACCUGGAUGGGUUCAAGAGAUCCCAGGUGGCUUCCUUCCUCCGGAAGAACAACACUUUCAGCCAGAUGGUUGCAGAAGCCUACCUCUCCUUCUUCCAUUUCAGCGGACAGACUCUGGACCAAGCCCUGAGGACAUUCCUGAAGGCUUUUGUGCUCACAGGGGAGACUCAGGAGCGGGAGCGGAUCCUCCGGCAUUUCUCCCAGCGCUAUCACUGCUGCAAUCCCGAGGUCUGUCUGAGCCCAGACGCUGUGCACACCCUCACCUGUGCCAUCAUGCUCCUCAACACCGACUUGCAUGGGCAGAAUAUCGGGCGCAGCAUGACCUGUCAGGGCUUCCUCGACAACCUCGACGGCCUGAACGAGCAUGGCAGGAGCUUCCCCAAAGAGCUGCUGAAGGCGCUGUAUUACUCCAUCCGCCAAGAGAAACUGGAAUGGGCUGUUGAUGAGGAAGAGUUGCUCAACCCCGCUGUGCUCUUACCCUCUGCAUCCAGCCAGAAGAAAGCCAACCCUUUCCUGACUCUGUCACAUGACCCUGGUGCUGAAACGUACCAGCAGGGCCUCUUGGCUCGCAAGGUCCAUGCUGAGGCGGAUGGCAAAAAAACACCCUGGGGGAAGAGAAGCUGGAAGAUAUUUCACACUGUGCUGAAGGGGAUGGUGCUCUACUUCUUUAAGGAUGAGAGCCGGAUGGAUGCCUCUGGCUCCGAGGAGCCUAUUGGGGUGCACCAUGCCCUGGCAGAGGCGGCCAGCAAAUACACCAAGCGGCCCCAUGUCUUUCGGCUGCAGACUGCUGACUGGCGCGUUUUCCUCUUCCAAGCCCCGACUUCGGCAGAAAUGAGCUCAUGGAUUUCCCGCAUAAACCUUGUGGCUGCCAUGUUCUCCUCGCCACCUUUCCCCGCUGCAGUGGGCUCCCAGCGCAAAUUCAUCCGACCAAUUCUGCCGACUGCACCCUGCAAGAACUCCCUGGAGGAUCAACACGCUGCCCACGAGGGCUGGAUGGACAAGGUGUCAGACGAGCUCCUGGAGCACCAGCGAAACCUCCCACACAAGCGUGGGCGUGGCCGGGACCUGGAGGAGUAUCAGCUGAAGAAGGAGUAUUUGCUCUAUGAGAAGCACCGUUAUGAGACUUACGUGAGGCUCCUGGAGGUGAGGCUCAACAGUCCCACGGAGGACCUUGACCAGUGGGAAGCUCAGCUGGGAGAGGCCGAAGCAGCAGAUGAGGCCUGUCCUGCCCUGCAAAAGUCCCACUCCAGCCCUUCCCUGAAUAUGGAUGGGCUGCCUGCUGGCGUCAAGGUGAAACGGAAUAUCUCAGAGCGCCGGACAGUACGCAGAAUCAUCCCCAGGCGCAACAAGCACUUGCUGUGAGGGUUCCUCAGCUGGGCCUCCUCCCUCUCCCUGUCCCCCCAGGUAUUGCUGUUUGAAGCCCAAGGAUGGCAAAUGGUACGAAGGGGGAGACGCAGCCCUUUCUCUGACUUGGCACUUGCAGAAUUUGGACUCCAGGUGGCACCACAAGCACAAUAGGUAGACUGGCGGAGACUGCGCCAGGUGCGGAUGCCUCACCUGUGCGGCUUCUGCGCAAUGUCCUCUGUGCUCACAGCACUGGGCAUCACCCAGUCCCCCCCUUUCAACUCAGAGACUCAGGAAGUGUUUUGUCUGCUGCUGAACUCUGCUUGUGGGGCUCAGCCUUGCGCUGCCUUCAGGCCACAGUUACUGCUGCUGGGGCGGAUGUGGCCUUUGUGCAAUAAAGGAAAGGUGGACCGAA